AUGGCCAAGGCGGAGCACGAGUACAUCCCCAACUUCAAGGUUCUCCAAGUGGCAUUCGACAGGCUCGAAAUCGAGCGCAACAUUGCAGUCGACCAGCUCAUCCGUGCCAAGUACCAAGACAACCUGGAGUUCUUGCAGUGGAUGAAGUGCUACUGGGAGCGUGAGGGUGGCGCGGGGCGUCGAGAUUACGAUGCAGUCGCUGUGCGGGAGGGCAAGCCGCUGCCCACUUGGGCAAAGCCUUUGAAUGUGUUUGGAGGACGAGGCCUGGAGAAGGAGAACCUCAAGCCCAAGGUGUUGGCCAAGGAGGACAGGCCGAGGGAGGAGAAAAAAACACCGCCGGCCAGGGCCACGGCGUCCAAGACGCCCAGGCCUGCCCCUAGGUCUAUGAACUCCUCCCUGAAUACGUCCUUGAACACCAGCAGCGCGGCGGAGAAUGAGGCGCUGAAGGUGAAGCUUGAGGCGCAGAACGAGGGGAAGUGGUGCACUGGCCACCUUGAUAUCAGAUCGGACAUGCUUUUGUCGCCCCUGUGGACGCCGCCAAAGGAGAGUCUAUUGCUGCCACUCCUGGCCGCGGCCACGGCAGAAGUGAUCUCUGAUUUGGUGACUACAGAGGCAGACAAGGCUAAAGCGCUGCGCUUGCGCUCGGAGAGCUUUUGGGGCCAUGUGCGCUCAGUCGCGGAGGAGAUGCGGCUGUCGCAGCACCUGCAAGUCUAUUCCGAGGCCCAGGAGGUUCUUUCAGAGCUGCCAGAGGGGGAGCUGCGCCAAGCCCUGGGUGAGGCGCUGGAGCGACUGCAGCGCGCAGAUGCCGCCGUCUUGGCCCAGGGCCUGACGUCCUCGAAGCUGGCGCAGGAGGAACUUGAAGGGCCAGCAGGAGCUUUGGGUCUCUCCUGGCUAGCAGAGGGCUCCAACUUCUUGUCCAAGGCGUUGGAGCUGUUUGUGGAUGGCGAUUACGGCUCCCGCUUGGGCGAUCAAGUGCGACAGCGGCAGCAGGCGUUGCUGCCGGUUCUGCGAAGCGCGGCGGAUGUCACGAGCAACGUCCUGCAGGACACCCGCCUGGCAUCGAAGCGCGCCUUUGAUGUGCUGAAGUACGACAUCUACACAAAAGGUGCUCCUAAGACGCCGGAGAAUGCGAAGAAGGUGGCACACGAUGUGAUUGAGGCAGUGGGCGAGACUCGACGCCGGUUCAUGCAGUUUGUCACCGGUGUUGCCACCAGUUUGGCGGGCGACGUCACGAGCAGGAAGAUCUCCGCGGCCACCACCGUGGCGAGCGCUGAGUUGGCAGCGAUCAGCGAGGAGUCGGCCACCGUGGCUACGGACGCUUCGGAUUCGGCGGAGGCAACGGAGGAUGUGGUGCCACAGGUAGAAGCUGGCUUCUCCUUUGCAUCAUGGUGA